AUGGCACGUCUAACUCUUCUAACGAUAGGUUUGGCAGCUUUUUGUGCCUUCAACGGUGUGAAUUGUGACGGAUUUGUUCAAACAUUGGAAUUGAAAUCAGAAGAAAAUGAAAAAGAGAGAAAAUUCUACAUAAAGUUUUCUAAUGAAAAUGAGUGUUAUCCAGGUGAUCGUGUCAUUGCUACAAAUUCGCAAAAUCAACAGUGGACUGUCGCACAAAAUGUUACCCAGAAUAUUACAUACCCACGAUCUGGUGUCGGAGCAGUGAUCACGUAUAUUGAAAUCGUUGUAAAUCAGAGUUCAAAUUUGGGCCGUGGAUUUGUGACCAGCGGUGGAAUUGGCCAACGACAAAUUGUAAUCACAAUCGAGGCACAGAAAACUCUUUACUUCCUCCAAACCACCACUAUCUAUGGCUACUAGCGUUUCGAUCCAUUAACAACAAACAUUAUACGCUAAAACUGUUAGCGGCACCUUUGCGAUUAAAUCACUAAGUCAUUUGAAAAGGGACCUAUUUUCUGUUGAACGAAAGUAGACAAUAAAAUGUACAAAUAGCAAUGAACUUUUACCAUA